AUUUAUGGCUAUAUGAAGUUAUCAAAUUAUAUUUUUAGGAAUAUUUAGUGCAUAUAAGUAGAAGUAUUAAACAUUUAAUUAAAAAUUGCCACAAUAAUGCUUCUUUUUUGUUUUUUAUUGUAGGAGAAAGAUUAACAACGAAAGAGACAAUUCAAAUAUCACCAAGUAUGGCUGAGAUGAAAACAGGAGACUUUUUUUGGCUCAACAUGGGAGACAAAAUAAAUGGUAAGAUAGUAUUUCAGUAUUUAAGACAUUGUUGUCAAAGCUUAAAUUUGGCAGAAUGGUGGCUCUGCAACACCACACAUGAAGUUGAACCUGGUGCAUUAUCAUUUCUUCCUAAGCUCCUACCAAUUGGUCCAUUAUUAAGAAGUUAUGAUAGUAAAAUUGGUAUCACAAAAGCAAUUGGACAAUACUGGGAAGAAGAUCUAUCUUGCAUGAGUUGGCUUGAUGAACAACAACAUGGUACAGUGUUGUAUGUUGCAUUUGGUAGUUUCACUCAUUUUGACCAAAAGCAGUUCAAUGAACUUGCCCUUGGAUUAGCCCUCACAAAUAGACCUUUUCUUUGGGUUAUAAGAGAAGAUAAUAAAAUGGAAUACCCUCAUGAAUUCAAAGGGCAUAAAGGUAAGAUAUUUAGUUGGGCUCCUCAACAAAAGGUUUUAAGCCACCCUGCCAUAGCAUGUUUUGUCACUCACUGUGGUUGGAAUUCUACCAUAGAAGGUUUGUCCAACGGGGUACCUUUCUUGUGUUGGCCAUAUUUUGGAGACCAAAUUCUGAACAAAAAAUAUAUUUGUGAUGAGUUGAAGGUUGGAUUGGGAUUUGACAAAGACCAAAAUGGACUUGUGUCACGCAAAGAGGUAAAAUUGAAAGUGGAGCAAAUCCUUAUUGACGAGAACACAAAAUCUAGGUCUCUUGAGUUGAAGGAGAAAGUCAUGAACAACAUAGUCAAAGGUGGUGCAUCAUUGGAGAACCUUAAUAGGUUUGUCAAGUGGCUUAAAGAGUAAGAAUUGCCAUUUGAAUUUAAUUUAUGCAUAUUUUAUGUUGGAUAAAAUAAAACUAGACAUUUUGAUGAAAACUCUCACAAAACCUUAGCAAUAUUUUCAAGCCAUUGAGAUUUCUUAUUUACAUGUCUUUUUAUUUUAUAGCGUCAAAACAACGCAAUGUUAUUAUGUAGCUUUUUUUUUCUUUAUUUCCUUUGAGAUCGUAUUGUAC